AUGGCCGCAAAAGUCUUAGCAAUUGCGAAGAUUGUUGCACACAAAUUCACCGUUGAUUUGAAUAAACCUCUUGUCUUCCAGUUACUGAGCUCCAAAUUUCUAUUUCUUUCUCUUUUUGGGUCAGACCGAAUUAAGCAGGCCAAAGUGUGUAAAGAUAAAAUUCCUAAAAGAAGAUUGCGAUAUCCAAGUAUUAUUCAAAAUCUUCCAAAUUCGGAAGAAACAAAUAGUGAACAACAAACUGCUAUUGGAUCUUUGAAUGUUUCGAAUAUAGCAAACGAACCUGCAGAAAUUCAAACUAAAAGUGGUGGGAGGCGCAAAACUCAAGGACUUACGUUAUUAAAAUAUUUAUAUGAGCUAAAUUCUGUCGAGCGUGUCAAAGUAGCUAGAAACAGUCAUGGUCAGCCUAUUGGAUCAAAAGCUCGACUUUUAGCAGGAUACUUGGGCAUUAUAGCACGAAAUGCCAAUCUGUUGCCUAUCAACUACGAGUCAUGGCAUCAUAUGCCUGAUAGUAACAAAAAUCAAGCUCUCAAUAAUAUUAGGGAGAGAUUUGAUUUAGAGGUCUCGGAUAAUUAUGUUAAGAAGGUAUUAGGAAAGAAAUGGAGAGACCAUAAAAGUACUUUAAAGAAAGAAUAUUUUAAGAAAAAUAUAAGCCUCAAAGAGAAAUUGCGAAAUAUCCCGUCAGGAAUGCUGAGGUACCAAUGGGAAGAUGAAGUUAGAUUUUGGAAUUUAAGGAAAGAAGACGUAUAACGUACUUCCAAACUCUUAUAAUUAUUUUGGUUUAUAGUAUUUACCAUAUACGUAAUAAUAAUUUCAUAAUGUAGGAUCGUGAGCGAGUUGGAACUACAAUAGGCAAAAACAAAAAUUCACGCA